AUGCUUGUUUUUACCUUUUCUAAGGUGGCAACAAAAGCAGAUCCACCGGCUGCACUGCGCACCGCCCAUCCUGCUCCGCCCGCUGAAUUGACCUACCGCGACAAGGUUAUCGGUCUCACGCAAGAGGUGACGAACCCAUUUCGGCACCUUGAAAAAGAUGACAAGGAAGGGUUCAAGACCCACGUAGAUAACGGGCGUCGGGUCUAUUAUCAAAACUGCUUUUACUGCCACGGUGAUGACCUUGAUGGAGAGGGACAUUUCGCCCACGGUCUCAACCCGCCGCCGGCAAACUUUCAAGACCCUGGGAUUAUUCCGAACUAUCAGGAAUCUUUCUUCUUCUGGCGUAUCAGUAAGGGUGGACCCGGUCUGCCACCAGCUGCGGCCCCGUGGGAUUCUGCCAUGCCGGUCUGGGAAGAUCACCUGACAGAGGAGGAGAUUUGGGACGUGAUCCUCUUUCUAUCUGAGUACACAGGGUAUCGACCAAGGACAUUCGGUGAAGCGGAGCAUUAA